UCGUUUGAAAACCGUUUUUUAAAGAAGCUAAUACACCCUAUUGUAGCAUAGUUUUUGUACUACAAUACUGAAAAUAUAAAUCUUUGAUUGGGGCACCUUUUUUUAAUGAUCCCCCGGUGUGAAGCUCACCUUGGCUCAUGACUGUGAUCGCUGCAAGCGGUUAAUAUAGCACUUCCCAGAAGAGACUCGUCGGAAACUCACAAACAGGAUGAGAUUAUGGAGCCUCGCUCCUUGCUCCUCAAAGUUUGCUGCUCCGUUACUUCGAACUGGCUCCUUCUCACUGAGGACGCCGAAGCGCACUGGUCUCGUGACGGCUCUGGGUUCACCCUAUCGCAACUUGUCUAGUGCAUCAAUGAGUACUCCCUACCCCGGCCAGAAAUCAGCACUGAAUGUUGUCUUGGGUACGAUGUCUUUCGCUGCCCCGGGCACCAACGGAGCUCGCGUGUCGGACCCCAAAGAGAUCGAGGAGAUGGUCGACCUUUUCCUCAGCCAUGGCCACCGCGAACUCGACGCGGCGCGGUUCUACGGGGCCGGUACCAACGAGCAGCUUCUCGGCAAUAUGGACUGGAAGGCCAAGGGCGUGUUGAUGGAAACCAAGCUAUUCUCUGUGCCGCCCGAACUGGGGCUCAAGCACAUCGGCGAUCAUUCGCCUGAAAGCAUCCGCAAGUUCUGCCAGAUGUCGCUCGACGCUCUCAAGACUGACCAGGUUGAGAUGUGGUAUCUGCACGGCCCUGACCACCGCAACUCUUUCGAAGAUUCGCUGCGCGCGGUCAACGAACUUUACAAGGAGGGGAAAUUCAAACGCCUGGGCAUCAGCAACUACACCGCCUGGGAGGUUGCCGAGAUCGUCGGGAUCUGCGAACGGCAUGGAUGGGUGAAGCCUACGGCAUACGAAGGACUUUACAACGCGAUCCACCGGGCGGCGGAGCCAGAAUUGUUUCCCUGUCUUCGCAAGUUUGGGAUUGCGUUCUACGAAUACAACCCACUUGGCGGAGGCUUCUUCACUGGGCGUUACACCGGCGCAGACAGUGGAGCGGACCCUGGGUCUCGCUUCGACAGCAGCCAUGCAGCUGGCACGAUGUACCGGAAGCGCUACUGGAAUGACAGCUACUUUGAAGCACUUGCCGAGAUCAAACGGGUUGGCGAGAAACAUGGGCUCACGUUGCCCGAGAUUGCGCUGCGCUGGAUUAAUCACCACUCUCUCAUGAAAAGGGAGCACGGUGACUCGAUCCUCAUCGGUGCUUCUCGGAAGUCGCAUCUAGAACAGAAUCUCGUCGAUCUUGAGAAGGGACCCUUGCGUGAGUCCGCCUGCCAGCCUCGGUGCAUAUCGUUGACACUUAUCUUAGCGGAGGAAGUGGUCAAGGUGCUGGACGACAUGUGGGACACGAAGCUCAAAGGUGUUUGCUCAAGCUAUGCAUUCGAUUUAUACAAAAAGUAAGAUAGACGUAUCCAGCGGCAAUUUACACAGCAAAAAUAUAAAACGUUGAUUACUUGUUUGAACUAACUAGAAGAUGAUGUGUCCUGAUCGGUGUUGGUCACUCUGAAUGCAGUCUUGCUGUCGCGGGCAACAGGAGCUCCGUAGACCGAUCUGGACGCAGUGGAGUCCGCGUAGCUGGGGGGCGGCAUGGCCUCUGGCGGAUCAGGCGCAGCGUGGGCAAAGCCGCCGCCGACUUCGGCACGAGACACAUUGAAUCUGUUUUCCACCUCAGGCUCGGGCUUAUCUUGUAUGCUAUCCUCUGUGCGUGUCGAGCUGCGUGAGUUCGUGCGGCGCGGUCUUUCGUACGUCGUGAACUGUGUCGGCGACAUCUGCAUGGUGUGGCCCACAGGAGUAUCCUCACGCGGCUGUUUCCGUCGGCGGAAGUAGAGAAAAGCAACAGCGAGGCCAAUGGCAACCACGGCGAUGGCGAGGCAGAUGAUCGCCACCGAGCUCAAGUCCUGGUGAUGGCUCUGGUCGCCGCUGCCGUCUGUGCUCGCCAUAAUUUGGGGCACGCUCGGUGCGGCGAGAACAUCGGAUGUGCCGAGCAGUUGUUUCCAAGGUGCCAUCCCAAACUUGCCCUGAACGACGGCCGAAGUCAGCGAGAUAGGCGGCAAGGCCAGAAAAGCGCUGGGGCUGCUGAAGUUCGCACUGAAACUCCAGGACUGGUCGGUUACGACAGUAUCCGAGCUGCCGUCCGCGUAUCCGACCUGCAUCGCUGCGAUGAACCCAGCGGACGACACAUCCGGGGUCUGCGUGUGACCGGGGAAAUUCUGCGCUAUGACGUCAAAGACGAGGGACGUCGAGUCAACCGGAAAUGCGACUUGUUGCGCAUAUGUCCAUGACUGAUAAACUUCGUUCGCAGUAUUCGGAUCGAAGGGGGGUGCAGCGAUGAACACACCGUUGACAUACAGCGAGAAGGUGUUGUCGCAUGUGAUGAGAGCGGUACCAGAAACAGCUUUCUUGCCAGCCGGGAUCGAGAACGUCUUUCGAAAGCCGAGAGUCCCGACAGGUGCGGCGACGGAUGCGUUUGCGAUUGACCAGAUCCACGAGCUGCCGUCCAGUGAGAGGGGGGAAGCCGACGCCCCAGCAGAUGGUGCUGGUGGCUUGGGAAGGGUGCGUGUGACGACUGGCGGGAACAACGACAAAUCCUGCGGGUCGGGGAAAGUGGUUGGCACAUUCGCGGCCGCCAACCAGUUCGAAUCUGAGACAAAGGUGCUGGACGGCGUCGACCCGGAAAAGUCGACCUGAAUCGACGCACUGAUCGCCGGUGUGCAAGUGCCAUUCUGCACCAACACUGAGAAGAAGUUCUGGGUCGUGUUCAGCCCGACGCGCGCGACUAUAGGCGUGGUGAGGUUCUUCGUCUGCUGCCCCACCGGUUGCCCAUUCACCCAGAGGGUGACAACAUCAUAGCAAACAGCGUUGACUGUCACGGUCGCAUUCGUUGCGGGUUGUCCCACCGUCGAGACCAGUUGUUUGAAGAAUCCGACUUGCGAUGUCGAUUUGUCGAGGGUUCCGUCAGAGGAAGCGGCCGAUAUCCAUGCUGCGGAUGCAGAUGGCUGUGCGCCCCUCGGCGUCAGAGACGCUUGUCGGCCACGAAUGACCCGGGCAUCGACGUCUGAGCUCUUUUGUCAACG